AUGGCCACUACUGCGCGUCGACGGGUUCCAUCAAGCACACCUUCUCGGAGCGGCGGGGCUUCUGCUAGGCCAUCGUCGUCCUCAAGGUCUUCCGCUCCCUCCGACUUCGUCCCUCAACGUCUUGCCUUGCCUCUUAGCGACGCUGCCCAAUUGGCUCUCGCUGACCUCCUCAAGACCCAUGCAAAGUCUACCCAACUGACUGAACAUCUGGCUCUCGCCGUCAAGGAGCUUACUGACGCUGCGGCUGUUCUCACCGAGGCAGCCUACGACCGCAAGAGACGAUACGAUCGGGAAGAGCGUCGAAGAAAACAAAAUGGAGAACAAUUGGACGAGCAGGACAUUGCCAAACAUGAGGCUUUCCAAACACAAGUGCAAGAUUUGACACAAAAGAUGGACAUGAGCAUCCGUGCAGUCAUCGACGAUCGCAUUUGGCUGGAGGACCUGCCGGCCAUCUCGAAAGAUGUCUUGUCAGCCUCUUUAGAUGAGCAGAGCACCCAGCGAACAGAUGAGGUAUACAACCAGAGUCCGACCCCGAUAGCUUCCACCCGCGACACUGAAAUAGGAAUGGAAUCUGGUGAACAUGAUUCUCGACUGAGCCAAACAACGAACGCCUCAAUGGCAGGGACGGUACCAACCACGACACCUCACUCCAUCCUACAGCAGAAGUUGCAACAGCAAGCGCGGGAUUGGCAGAGCAAGACUUUGACAGAGAGAUACGCCUAUAACAACGACUAUGCAGGUUGGAAACGUGAAGUCCAUGACAAUCAAGAUCCCCAGGGAGAAGGAGCACCCUUAGCCGAUGCAAAACAAUGGUUCGCAGCGGAAGAGGGCCGUGGCCAGCCCGAUUCUAAAGGACAACGAGUACAUGGAGAUGACAGCGACGACUCAGAAGACGAGAUCGAGAUUUCUCGUGAGCGACUGAGUUAUAAAUGCCCACUUACACUUCUUCCAUUCGAGGAUCCCCUGACAUCCACAAAAUGCAAUCAUUCGUACGAGAAAGAAGCGAUUCUAGAUAUGCUUCGGACAUCAGCCGACCAUGUUCCCCUCAGUUCUGAGCAGGAGGCAGAGAUCAGCGCAAUCAGAGAUAGCAAAGCCAGGAAAAGACGGAAGCAGCAGCUGGAGAGUCAGCAAGAACGUCGCAUCCAAUGCCCGGAAUGUAGGGUGAGGCUGGUCAAGGGGGAUUUACAGCCAAACCCUAUCUUGAAGAGGCGUGUAGUGCGGUAUCUGGCUGCGCAGCGUCGCGCAGAGACAGCAACCAGCGAUGCGGAGGCCAGUGGGGACGAGGGUCGCGUCACGGGCACUCAGCGUCGACCUGUUGGCCUAGGCUCAAGUCCUGUGCCGUCAAGCUGGAGACAGAGUGGACGCCCUGUCAAGGCUGAGCGACACGGGUCGACUGUCCCUCAAACACAAUUCUCUUCUGGGGAGCCUUCAACAACCAGACGUGCGGCCAGAACUAGAGUUGUUGACAUGGACGAUCUGUCGCUGGAGUUGGACGACGCGGAGGCGGUGGACACCGACGUGGUGGAUCCAGAGUAAUACUCCGUACAUUCGGUACACCAGUGACGAGUAGAAAUGAUACAAAUGGUCACGAGAAGCCUUAUGGGCCCCUCAGCCCUCGUGGCCCUUCAAACUCUUAUUGAUAGGUACUCCGUACAUACUCCGUAUGUGGAUCUGAUCUC